CUCUCAAGAUCUCUUUCUCUCUCCACUCUUGCAAGAUAUCAUCAUACAACCUUAUAAGAACUCAUGAGUCAUGACUACCUCAGUCAUGAAAUUAACCGAUUUCGUCACCGUUCCCUUCUCUUUACCUAUCUCUCAGAAAAUGAGGCUUACCAUGGGUGGAGUUAAGCCUCCUUAUACGCUUCCAACAAAGACAAAACUUCCUAAAAGAUCUACUGAUGCUGUUCCACAUCAACUGAAACUAGGUAAGAAAUGGAACGAAUAUCAUGGAAGUAAUAACUGGGAAGGUCUUCUAGAUCCACUCGACGAAAAAUUACGUGUAGAAAUUCUGCGAUAUGGAAAGUUUGUGGAAUCAACUUACAACUCUUUUGUGUUCGAUACAUCAUCACCAUUAUACGGUACAUGUCAACACCCUAAACAUUCUCUUUUCCACCGUUCUGGUCUUCCAGGAACAGGUUAUCGUCUAACGAAAAACUUGCAUGCAACUUCGGGUAUCCAGUUACCACGUUGGGUUGACAAGUUACCAAGCUGGGCUUCAAAACAGUCUAGUUGGAUAGGUUAUGUUGCUGUUUGUCAAGAUAAAGAAGAAAUCGCUAGGUUGGGUCGCCGUGACGUCGUUGUUGCAUUUAGAGGUACAGCUACUAGUUUGGAAUGGCUUGAAAAUCUUCGAUCAACCCUGACACAGAUACCAAAUAUAGCGUCAUCCUCUGAUAUCUUGCCCUAUCAUCACAGGCCCAUGGUAGAAAGUGGGUUCUUGAGUUUGUACUCUUCAUCGGCUCGGAAGUAUCAAAGUCUUCAAAACGAAGUGAGGGAGGAAAUCUCCAGACUCCUCCAAUCAUACGGAGAUGAGCCAUUAAGCAUCACCAUCGCAGGACACAGUUUAGGUGCGGCUUUGGCUACACUGACGGCAUAUGAUAUCACAAAAACGUUCAAACAUGCGCCGUCUGUUUCCGUCAUCUCCUUCGGCGGACCUCGUGUAGGUAACCCAAGCUUUAGACAUGAAGUCGAGAAAAAUGGCAUCAAAAUAUUACGGAUUGUGAACUCUACCGAUAUCAUCACAAAAGUACCUGGUUUUAUCAUCAAUGAUCAUGAGGAUGGGGAAGAACACAGAGGUAUGCACGUGGCAAGCCCAGGUUCCCUUUCCACUUGGCUACAAAAAUUCAUCGUUGAAAAAACACAGUGGAAUUAUGCCGACGUAGGUCGUGAACUACGUCUAUGUAGUGAAAACUCACCUAUCGUCAAACCUAAUAAAAAUGUUGCCACGUGUCAUGAGUUGAAUACGUAUCUACAUUUAGUCAACGGUUUCAGAACAUCAACAUGUCCGUUAAGGUCAACUGCUAAAAGACUACUAAGUAGAUGAUUAUACGUAUCUGCAUGCAAAUGUACAUAAAUAGCAUAGACAUAAUGUUUUUCUAAAACUAUUAUUUCUUUUGUAUACUCUGACUGAUUCGUGUAAUAAUCCGCAACCGCAACUGUUCUACUGUACUGGAAAAAUGAUCCUUUAAAGAAAAAUCCUACAAUAAGAAAUGUGCAUGCGGCAUGCCGUAAAACGCAAAAGACAAGAUCCGCUCAAUAUCAAUAUCAAAAUCAACAUUGGUUAGGCUUAGCUCAAGUGCAAAAGAUCCAGAUACCCUUCUAUGUCAUAGCUUAAUCCCCUGUAUUGUCAUUUCAAAACCAGCGAGUUUCGUCAAGGAUGUUUGA